UCUCCCUUUCUCUACUCAUUCGUCCGCUAGAUUUUUUUUCUUUUUUUUGUGUACUUCCUUUUCUUCAUUGUCGUCCUUCGGCCGCGUGCUUUUUCUAUCGCUCUUCAAGGUCGAUUUGUCGGAACGCAAACGAUUCUCCUCCGUGAUCCACCGGGAACGCAAACGAUUCUCCUCCGCGAUCCACCGGAAAUGCAAAGUACAAGUUCUCCAACUCUGAAGCCUCUGGAUCAACUCAGAUCACUCAAUGCAACUCCAAGAAGCUUCAAGAUUCCAUUCCAGACGUCUUCCGAUGGCAUGUCGGGGAAAAGUUUGGUCAAUCUAAAGAUUACUGCAGAUAAAAUGGAUAAGGGCCAAGCUUCUGCCCGAUCAGAACUCGACAUGGCCAGUCUGAGACUGAAGAAAUUGACAGAGCGAAUUCUUGUCCUUGAAGCAAAGUUACAAAGCGUAAACAAUGAAAAUGCAAGGCUGAAAGUAAAACAUGGCGACGAUUCAAAGUUAUGGACUAGCUUGGAAUCAAAAUUAUGUUUAAGUAAGUCAUUGUUUGAUCAACUGACAGAGACUCUGCAGCGACUUGCUCAGCAGGUCGAAGAAGCUGAAAGAGACAAGAAGUCCUUCGAGAAUAAAUUGGCAGCCAGUUCGGUUGCAUUUGAAGAUUUAAACAUAAAGCUGAAUUCAUUAACCUUGAAGCUAGAAUGUGCAGAAAGAAAUAUUGCGAAUGGGAAAAAUGAGUUGACCAGAUUAAAAGCUGAGAAGGACGACAUCGAGAAAAGCCAAGCUGUUGAGCGUGUCAGGAUUGAUAUGCUUAUUGCCGGAAAAGAUGCUGCUGUCCAGCAACUUGACCUUGCUCUUAAUGAGCAGAAGAUGGAAUUGGAGACACUUGAUUGCCAGCUACAGGAUGCAAAGACAGUUCUGCGCUUAAAAGAGGACCUAUGUGCCAGUUUAGCAGAAAAACUUUCGCAAGCAGAGAAAGAUAAGGCUGAGAUCCAGUGUAGAUGUGAAAAUUUUGAGAAAAAAUGGGACAACCUAAUUGUUGAAAUGAAAAGUUUGGAAGAUGAGAUUUAUCGUUUGACAAACAUGUUGGUUCAACUUGACACAUCUAGCUUGACAACCUCAAAGAAUAUCCUUCAGCUUACUUCUUCUUGGGAGAAUUACGAUAAGUUGAUACAACAAGAAAAGCUUCUCCUAGCCAAAACUGCAAAGCUUAAAUUUGAUCUUCUACAUGCCCGUUUCCUUGAGGUUACAUCUGAAAAUGGAGUUUUCCAGUCAGAAGUUGAAGUUUUAAAGAAUCAGGUAAUAGAGCUUCGCAGGGACCUAGAUGCUCUAACUUUGCAAUGCAAGGAGGAACGUGAAAUUGCAGAGGAUAAAGUUCAGAAAUCUCAACUUGAAUUGGAGCGCUUCAGAUUAAAGGAGACUGAAUUGAUGGACACAAUUGCUGAGCUAGAAGAGAAAGUAUCGCAGUCAUCAAAAGCCAUGAGUAAAUUUGAAGAUCAAAAGCAAGAGCUAAAGAUGCAAAUCUUGAGUUUGGAAUCGCUCAACCGAGACAUACAAGAAAAAGCAGAGGUUCUGUUGCAGGGGAAAAAAGAUGAAAUUGAAGCUCUUCAUGAAGAUAUUGAGAAGAAUUGCAAGCGUGUGGAAUCAUUGGAGAUCCAAAUCAGCCUCCUCCAUGUUCAACUGGAUGAAAAGGAAAAGGCUGAAUUGAAUCUUAAAGAAAAGGAGAAGGAAUUGGUUGAGAAAAUUGUGCAGGUGCAGUCGUCACAUAGUGCUGUUGAGUGCUCUCUUGCUGAAGCAAAAAAGCAGUAUGAGAUGAUGCUGGAAGCUAAACAGUUGGAGUUAAUGAGGCACUUAAAGGAGAUUUCUCAAAGAAACGAUCAGGAAAUUAAUGACAUCCGGAGGAAAUAUGAGCUGGAGAAACGGGAAGUCAUCAAGUUGGAGAAAGAAAAGGCGAACAAUAUUUUGACUGAAGCUGAAAAAAGACAUGAAGAAGCACUGAAGCAACUCCGGGAAAAGGAGCUCGAGCAUCUUCAGCAGGUUCAGGAUGAGCAUGAUGCUUUGGUAAAGAAAAUUCAGUUUGAGUACUGUAGCAGGGAGCUUGGCGUCAGAGAAAAGCAUGAUGAAGAAAAAAAAGGACUAGAAAUUCAUUGGGAAAACGAAUUAAGGGAGAAAACUAUGUCACUGAGGAGAGAACAUGAAGCUCAAAUGAAAAUCAUGGUGCAUGAACACCAAGAUGAACUAAGAAAAGUUCAGGAGGAAUUAGAACUUCAGAAAUCAAAGGAAGAAAAGCAAAAAGCCCUGUUGCAGUUGCAGUGGAAGGUAAUGGAUGAUAAUCGACAAGAUGACCCUGAAGGGAAUUCAAAGAAGGCAUUUUCUGCUUCGUCUAUAAAGAUGCUUGACACAGACGUUGGUAAAAGGGAUCGGUCUAUUAUAUUGGAGAACGAGAUAAUGAAUUCAGGAAUACCAGGGGUUGUUGGAUUUCCUGCAAAAGAUCUACUAAAAGGAGUAGAAGGCAGGAAACCCAGUGGUUCGAAUGGUGUUCCGAAACACGACAAGAAGGUCAUAGGGCAUGAGCAUGAAGUUAAAACUGCUAAUGGAAGAAUGAUCACAAAGCGCAGGAAGACAAGGAAUACUGUGAUGAUUGGGAAUCAUUUAAGCCACAAGAAGAUCAACAUGGACAAGUCCAUUAUCAGUAAACAUCAACAAAUCAGAAAAGGGAAGGGAAAUCAGGGAACCCAGGUACACCCUUCAGGCAUUGGUGACUUGUUCAAAGAGAGCUCUUUGGAUCCUUAUGCAUUUGACUAGAGGUAUUCAUAAUCCCACGGGUGAAGCAUUUUAGAGAACAGUGGAACUUGGACACAUGAUGCAAGGACGGUGAUUAUCUAGCUUUGAUUCCUUCUGCUUCUAGGGAAUGUCGUAAACUCAAUAAUCUUUCCUAAUAUUCUCUAGAUGUAAGUCCCAACUCUACAAUGGUUUUGAUCUACCAGCUGAACAAUUAUGUGCGGUUUCAACUACCCCGAUGAUAGUUAUAGCAAAUUAGCUCUUGCAUGGUAUCCCGAUGACGGUUAUAUCUUGCUCUACUACACCUUUUGCAACUUUACACUUGGUCCCUCUGUUUCAUGAUGUUUCUGUUUUCUUACAAAAGUUUGGUGUUCUUCUGUCGUGUAAA